CUCUUCCGCCACAUGCGCCAGACUGUUUACAGCGGCGAAACUGAAGAAGCUAGCUGUCUGUGUGAAAUAGUGUAGUUAAAUCGAGUUUGUUAUUUUGGGUUUGCAGCUGUAAGUACACAUAUUCCUCGGCUAACAUGCUUCUGUUUUGUCCGACCUGUGGGAACGUUUUAAUUGUCGAGGAAGGGCAGAAGUGCAUGAGGUUCGCCUGUAACACUUGUCCCUAUGUACACAACAUCACAAGAAAGGUAAACAACAGAAAGUAUCCCAAGUUAAAAGAGGUGGAUGAUGUUCUUGGUGGAGCUGCAGCUUGGGAAAACGUGGACUCAACUGCUGAAACUUGUCCCAAGUGUGAGCAUCCUCGGGCGUAUUUCAUGCAGAUUCAGACCAGAUCAGCAGAUGAACCAAUGACGACUUUCUACAAAUGCUGCAAUGCCCAGUGUGGACAUCGGUGGAGGGAUUGACACCUUUUCUCUUUGAAAGUUUUAAUGUAUUUAAUGCUCAAGUGGCAUAGAGUAUUCAUCUUCGAGUCUUUAUUUAUUACCAUCAGGCUCUGAUUUUUGAUUAUUUCCGAUUUGUGCACAGCUGGAGGCACUUUUCCUUUUGACUUUGCAGAUUAUAGUUACAUACAGCAUUCAUUUUCUAGGCAUAAUGAAGUUUCCAGAUAACAUUAAAAUGAGUUUCAAUGAAAAAUCAUGUUCUGAUUUUUAUUGAUAAAAUAGUACCUGUAUACAACAGUCAAACAAAUUUUGACUUACAUAGUUAUACAUAUCACAGACAUUUAGAGAGCAAUGCAGACCAGCAUUAUCCACAACAAUGGCAUACUGUACUUUGUAUUAAAAGUUUAAUGCAAUCCUUUAACUCAAAAUGGACCCUCUUGCACAGCUUAGCUAGCUUCAAGAGAAAAAAAAAAUCAAAUGCACACAGAGUCAAGGAACUAACCAGUGAGAAUUAUUCAUUUUGAUGUGUGGCUCAUGCAGUGCAACUCUGCACUCUGAGCAAUGGUGAAUGGUAGAUCGGGCAUGCUGUGGUGAUACAGUGGUCCUUUUAUUGUUAGUAUUAAUCUCAAUGGAAUCACAAUGUCAUUUUGCAAGAUGACUUAUACAAUCAUUUAUUUUAAGCUUAUUCUAGCAGAGAGAUUACUUUUUUUGUAAUAACAAUAUUAGCCAAAAGACAUCUGUAUUUGUUAACUAACAUGCAUCUGAGCAAUGCAGGUAAUCUUAAAGGGCUGGUGCCAUAUUAAGAGGGUAACAGCCUAAAUAGUGUUAUGUGACAAUGGUGCCACCACUUCUAUUUGUCAACCAGUGUUUCUAUUUUAAAACUAGCUACCCGUUUACUUUGGCAGCAAAAAUCAGCCAACAGCAUUGAUGAGAAUAUAUGGCCAGACACAAGAUUACCGAGAUGUCCAUGCAUUGCAUCUCCAUCAGUAACAGUAAAAACCCUCUGUCUGCCAACUCUACUUCAAUUCUACUAUGGUCUGAAUAAGUGCCGGUAUGGUGGGGUUCACCAUAAUGAGCUAACAACUAACCCAGUGAAAGCCAAACUUAUACACUGCUUUCACUCAUCUGAUGAAUUGUAAAUCACAUUUUUUCCCUCAGACAAACGAUUCGUCUAGGAUGAUAGUUUCUAUGAAUCUGUCAAGAGUGCAAAAUAUGAAUUUCAACUUAAAGUGCAAAUGUUAGCUUUAUUUUCAAAAUUAAGUACAUCAUGGACAGAGGGUGUUGCUCAACUGUAAACCACUCAAUAUUUUGUUACUGCUCACUGAAGCCCAGAAGAUUAAUAAAUAUAGCAAGUAACAUCAAUCUUGGGCAUUUCCAAACAAGCAAAUACAUCCGCUUAUCAAGCUGAAAAUGGCUGGUUAAUUUUGCUCACAUUCAAAAAGGGAUCAUGAUAAAAGGAAAAACUAAGCCUGUUAGAACAAAAUUAUCAGACAUGGACAAAAAUGUUCACAGUUGUUAAGAUUAACUUGUUAAAAUAGUGGAUAAAAUAUUUGAAAUAAAUAAGAAAAAAAAAAAUGCUAACCCAGCAUGUUUGACUUCAAAAUGCUUGCUUCUGAGCAUGAUUCACAGAUUAAUUCAAAUAAAUAAAGUGACCAUUUUCACAGUUUUAUCUAA